UCGGCUACGGACCUAGAGCGGAACUGUUUCCGAUACGGAUCGUGGUGGAAGGUAAACUCACAGCGAAGGAACUAGGCGUUUUAAUCGUUGGGCUCCCAAGUCGCCAACAAACGGUUCAUCAAGUAGGAACGGUUAGGCCGUUUCCCAGUAUUAGAGGAGUCAAAAUUCACAUUCCGGUUGACAGAUCGGUGCAACCAGUUGCUCAAGGAUUACGUAGACUGCCGUUCGCUACUUUGGAGAAAGUGGACGAAAAACUCAAGGAGCUUCUGAGCAAGGAUAUCAUUGAGCGGGUAUCGGAACCAAGUCGUUGGGUGUCGCCAAUGGUUAUCGUCAUCAAAGAUAACGGCGAUAUUAGACUGUGUAUUGAUAUGAGACAGGUGAAUAGAGCGAUUUUGCGCGAAACUCAUCCUCUUCCAACAUUAGAGGACAUUCGUUGGAAAUUGAACGGUGCAGUAUAUUUUUCAAGGCUGGACAUUAAGGAUGCUUUCCACCAGUUGGAGUUGGAUGACGACAGUAAACCGCUAACAACUUUCAUCACUCACAAAGGUUUGUUUAGAUACAAACGCAUGGUUUUUGGAAUAUCCUGCGCACCAGAGAUCUUCCAAAAGGUCAUCGAGCAAAUACUAGCUGAUUGUCCCAACACCAUCAAUUUUAUCGAUGACGUUAUCAUAAUAGGAAAGACAGAGAAAGAACAUGACAGACGCCUCGAGUGUGUGCUGUCGUUCCGCGAUUGUGGUAUUCUAUUGAACCAGUCAAAAUGCGCAUUCAAACUCACGACAAUCGAUUUCCUGGGACAAAAUUUUAGUAUGCAAGGCAUCCUACCGUGCGAGGAUAAAGUUCAAGCGAUCCGAAAUUUCAGAACUCCAACCACUGGCGAAGAAGUCAGGAGCUUCCUAGGGUUGGUUAAUUAUGUCGGGGCCUUUAUUCCGGAUUUAGCAACCAUCUCUUUUCCGUUACGUGAACUGACAAAGGUCAAGGAACCAUUCAAGUGGGGUUCAGCUGAACAUGAAUCGUUUGAAAAGCUUAUCGGGUUAAUCGGCCAGGUAAAGAAUCUAUCUCAUUUUGACCCAAAGUUGAAAACGCGAGUUGUUGCCGACGCGUCUCCCGUGGGACUGGGAGCAAUCUUGCUACAGUUUCAUGAAGGUACUCCCAAAGUAGUAUCAUACGCUAGUAAGAGCUUAACCGAUACUGAAAAACGAUAUGCUCAGACUGAGAAGGAAGCAUUGAGUCUUGUAUGGGCGGUUGAAAGGUUUCGAAUUUACCUAUUUGGAAUACGAUUUGAAUUAGAAACCGAUCAUAAGCCUCUCGAAGCUAUAUUUUCGCCACAAUCAAAGCCGUGUCUCAGAAUAGAACGUUGGGUUCUUCGCCUUCAAGGAUUUAGUUACGACGUAGUCUAUCGAAAAGGAAAGACGAACAUUGCGGACUCUCUUUCGCGGUUGUCGAAUGCUGAACCAGUGCCUUUCGAUCCGGACUCUGAAGUAUACAUUCGGAGUGUAGUAGAGCUAGCAGCGGUUGAUGUGGGUGAACUCGAGGCGGCGUCUGAAGUAGAUCCAGAAAUGAGUGAACUUCGUGAGUUUCUUGAUCGUGGUGUUUGGAAUUAUACUUCACAACAGAUAAAACAUUAUCACGCUUUCCGAAACGAGCUUGGAAAAGUGGGAAAUUUAAUCGUACGGGGAUCAAGAUUGGUUAUACCGAGAUCACUUAGAGACAGAAUGCUUAACCUGGCCCAUGAAGGUCACCCGGGUCGAACCAAAAUGCAACAGCGUCUCAGACAAACCUGUUGGUGGCCGGGAAUGGAUGACUCAGUAACAAAAGUCGUUAACACAUGUACAGGGUGCCAAGUAGUAGGUCUGCCUGACCGUCCUGAACCCAUGCAGCGUAGGAAGCUUCCUGAAGCAGCUUGGGUAGAUGUCGCAAUCGACUUUCUUGGGCCACUUCCGUCGGGGGAUUAUCUGCUGGUUAUUAUUGACUAUUUUAGUCGGUACAAAGAGGUAGAGAUCCUCAGAAAAAUCACAGCUCUGAAACGGCAAGCCGGUUGGAGAACAUUUUCGUGAGACUUGGAUACCCCCGUACCAUCACUCUAGACAAUGGACGCCAGUUUGUCAGCAAUGAGUAUGAUGUGUAUUGCAGAAUUCGAGGAAUAACUCUCAAUAGAACCACCCCUUACUGGCCGCAAGAAAAUGGACUCGUUGAGCGUCAGAACCGAUCCCUAGUGAAGCGGCUGAAAAUUAGUCAAGCGUUGAAGAAGGAUUGGAAGCAAGAACUACAGGCAUACUUAUCCAUGUAUUACUCGACACCUCAAAGCACAACCGGCAAAACCCCUUCGGAGCUAAUGUUUGGAAGGAAUAUUAGAACUAAACUACCAUCUCUGCAAGAUGUAAGCACAGCGGUCCCGUUUACUGAUUUUACGGAUCGUGAUCAGCUGGCAAAGGAAAAGGGGAAGGAAAGAGAAGAUGAGCAUCGUAGGGCAAAACUUUCCAGUCUGGUUAUCGGCGAUAAGGUUUUGGUGAAGAAUUUGUUACCUGGAAACAAGCUAACCCCGACCUUCAAUCCAAAUGCCAUGACGGUUACGGCAAAAGAUGGCGCUCGGGUAACAAUUGAAGAUGAUAACGGACGAGUUUACCAGAGAAACUCCAGUCACCUUAAGAAGCUAUUUUCAAAUCAAAAUCCAACGAACGAAGAUGAAUCCACAAGCACCCUUAAUCCGAUGGAUGAAGUUGUUCCAGGUUCAGAAGGAUCUGAGCAGGGACUCGGUGAGGUACAUGAUGAUGAUGCACUUUCCAACGAUCCUUCAGCUUCUCCAUUAUCAUUGGACCCUAUCGUCAACAACACGAACGGUAGAGCUCGUAGGAAUAUCAGGAAGCCGAAUCGUUUCAAUGAUUGUGUCAUGGAAUAUUAAAUCAAUCCUAAAUUUGUAAUCUUAUGAAAAGGGGAGAUGUGGUGAUACAUCUGUACUCUGAUAUCUGUGACCUCUGUUCUGACUGAUUUGAAAUG